UUGGUUUCAUGAUCCUAAUCUUAUGGAAGUUGGAAGUGUAUAAAAAAGUGAGCGUGGCUUACUCAGAGUCUUGGAUUCCAAUCCUACGACAGUAAGAAAUAACAUUUGAUUAUCACCAUGGCCGAGAAUCCGGACGCUGAAGGGCUUAAGAAAGACUAUAAGCCUCCGGUUUUUGAAGAGAGUGCCAAAACCAAAUUCUACGAUGCAGAAGUCCUCUCCGAAGUUUCGGAACCACGUCGAAGAAUCUUAGAUACGGUUUAUGAAGAGAGUGGCGAAACCAACCUCGAAGAUGAAGAAGUUGUGCUUAAAAAAGAGAUGCUAACAACCAUGAAUGCGUUUGAAUUGAAGGAAAAUAAAGAAGAGCAACCAACAUCGAUGAAUGCGUUUGAAUUGAUUUCCAUGUCGAAAGGACUCAACCUCGAAAACUUAUUUGACAUAGAACAGGGAUUUAAAAGGGAAACAAGGUUCACAUCGACAUCUUCGGCCGACGUGAUAAUCAACAAGAUUGAAGAAGCUGCUAAACCUCUCGGCUUCGACGUGCAGAAGAAAAACUUCAAGAUAAGGCUUGCGAAUUCGAAAGCCGGAAGGAAAGGAAGCCUUAAUGUUGCCAUAGAGGUGUUUCAAGUGGCACCCUCUCUUCACAUGGUUGAAGUAAAGAAAGUUAAAGGAGAUACAUUGGAGUUUCAUAAGUUCUACAAGAAACUUUCAACAUCUUUGGAGGAUGUUGUUUGAAAAACAGAUGAUGAUAUGACAAAGCAAGAAGCAAAAGAAGCAAAAGAAGCAAAAUGAUAUUAAUGAUACUAUUAAUAUCAUUAUAAAAAUGUAUUAUUUUUAAUGUAUGAUAUUCUACUAUUUUUCCAAUUUCUUUAUUCGUUAUUUUCUCUACAUGUAGGUUUGUUUUUGGACAUUUUACAUAUUUAUUAGUAAUAUGAUAUAGGAUUUAUUGCAUGUUGUUAUGUUUU